UCCGAGGCCCCCUUCCGCGGGAGGGACGCUGAGUCCGCGGUGAGAGGCGGGGGAGCAGCGAUCGUCUCCUCCGACGCCCUUGGUAAGAGCGAAACUAACCGGGCGGCCGACUAACGGGGGACGCGGCCUCCUUCCGAACCACCAGCGGGGCCUCGAGAAGGUCUUGAGAAGGCUUGAAGAGCCCACGGCCUAGCCCCGACGAGUCGCCGACCGGCGCCCGCUUCCUCGCCGCUUGAAAACAUAUUUGAAGACUAUAAAGCAAGAAAUGUCUUCAUUGAAGGGUAAAGUUCAGACUGUGUUGGGCCUUAUAGAGCCUAGCCAGCUGGGAUACACUAUGACCCAUGAACACUUGACAAUGGGCUUCAGCUGCUGUUACUACCCACCACCUCCAGGUCAAGAAGCUCUCUCUGAAAAACCCAUUGAGAUGAAGAACUUGUUUUGGCUUAAACAGAAUCCAUAUAGCCACAAAGAGAAUCUUCUGCUGUAUGAAGAGAUUGAUGCUGUGAGAGAAGAACUUCUGCAUUACAAGGCUGCAGGUGGUGGGAGCAUCGUGGAAAAUACAACCACUGGGAUCAUGCGGGAUGUGAAGAUGCUAAAACAGCUUGCAGAAGAAACUGGUGUCCAUGUUAUUGCUGGGGCAGGUUUUUAUGUAGAUGCCACUCAUUCCUGUGAGACAAAAGCAAUGUCUGUGGAACAGUUGACAGAAGUUAUUGUUAAUGAAGUUCUCAAUGGAGCUGAUGGAAGCAACAUCAAGUGUGGUGUAAUAGGGGAAAUUGGCUGCUCUUGGCCUCUGACUGAAAGCGAAACCAGAGUCCUUAAGGCAACAGCACAUGCCCAGUCCCAGCUUGGCUGCCCAGUCAUUGUCCAUCCAGGCCGAAAGGAUGAUUCACCUUUCCAGAUCAUUCGAAUUUUGCAGGAAGCUGGGGCUGACAUCUCAAAAACUGUGAUGUCUCAUUUGGACAGGACUAUAUUUGAUGAGAAGAAACUAUUAGAGUUUGCCAAACUUGGAUGCUACUUAGAAUAUGAUCUUUUUGGAACAGAAUUUAUUUCCUAUCACAUGAAUCCUGAUAUUGACAUGCCAAGUGACAAUGAAAGAAUUCUAAGAGUUCGGAUGUUGAUUGAAGAAGGUUACGAUGACAGAAUUGUAAUUGCUCAUGACAUACACACAAAACAUAGAUUAAAGAAAUAUGGUGGCCAUGGCUAUUCUCAUAUUCUUGAAAAUAUUGUCCCAAAAAUGCUCACAAGAGGAAUAUCUCAAAAUAAAAUCAAUAAGCUAUUGCUAGAAAAUCCCAAACAGUGGCUAACUUUUAAAUAAGAAAAUGUAAGUAUGGCUGUGAUCAUGUUUGCUUCAGUGAAAGUGAAAAAUUGAAAUAGAAAUUCUUUUUGGGUUGGGAAAAUGAAAUUGUACUUUUGGGGUACAGUACAAGAAAAUAACAUUUUUCAUGUCUGAGCCCCGACUUUUUGAUUGUGUGGUGGCAACUAAAACAGCUGCAGAAUGUGUAUCUUUUUUCAAAAAAAUAUGUUUAACAUCACAUCUAUAAAAGGAAAAUGGAGGAUAUCAGAUGAAUGAAUCAAAAUAUUUUUAAAUGGCUUUGUAUGGAAUUAAUUGGGUGUAAAACAUCCCUUUGAAUUAAUCAGGAUGAGAGGCUUCAAUCAUGCACUGGCCACAGCUGAAUAUAAGCGCCAUUGUUUUGUGUGUGGUCUGUGACAGAGAUACCGAUUUUCUCCAAAAAAAAAAUUGUUUAAAAAUGACAUCCUAACAUGAAAUGCAUUGUAUUUUAAGUAUGUCCAGCAAUAAAGCCUUACUUGCCUGAUUUCA